AUGCAGAUCAAGUCUGAACUUCCGUCUUCACCCCCUUCGACCUCCUCGGCCGCCUCGGACUCGUCAUACUCGCUCAUCUCGGCCAUCUCGAGUCUCUCCCUCUCCGCCGCCCGAGGGAUCGCGUCAGCCAACUCCGCAAAGCACGAGACCAAGACAGAAAUCGGAUCGAAACCUCCUCCGCCCGCUUGCGGUCGUCCCGGACGUUGGGGCGAAGGGAAAAGCAGCAAGUCCAGGAGGAAUGCCAGAGAGAGGGAGGCAAUGUUCGCGGGGAUGACGAAGAAAGAGCAAAAGGUGGCAUGGGAGCGGGCGGUGCAGGAAAAAGUGCGAAAGGCUGGGCGAGAGGCCAAGGAGGCUCGAAGAAUGGCCAAGAAGGAGGCGAAAAAGGUGGCGCCGAUGGCAAAACCCGACAAGCCCAUCACACCCGAAGCGGAAUCGAGGUCGUCCCGAGCGUCUAGCGAGUCGAGCUUUGACGUCGUCUCGCAGGGAACGAUGCGUACCGGCAGUAUCAUUUCUGCUGAGGACGCCAAGUCUUCUCUUGAUCUCUUUAUGCUUCGGCCUGGACGGCUCUUCUCGCAGCAUGAGAAACUUCGGAUCUGGCAGUCUCUCUGCUAUGAGCUGGGUCUCGCGGAUUUCGACCAUGACUUCUCCGACACCGCAUCUAUCAAAUCCUCCUCCACCUUCGCUUCAACCAAUUCAACCGAAACCACCUCCACCACAUUCUCCACGUCAACCAUUCUCGCCCGCCCCAUGCCCCAAACGCUCACAUCAGCCAAAAACCUCCUCAAAUCCGAGGGACACGUCAAUAUCGCAGACUACCUCCAGGCCCGAAAGGACGGAACCGGCGAUAGUACCUGCUCCGAGUGGUCCUCCUGCACCUCGGAAUCCAGCAUCAGCCAGACUGGGAGCGACAGCGGGAGCGAAACGACCGAGUGCGGCGCCGACAACGGUCGAGCGGGGCGGUAUCGGCACCUCGUCCACUCCAGCGCGGGGAGUAUGAUCAAGUAUACGUUCAAGAAAAAGCGGUUCGUUCGGCUGGAGGUGGCGAAGGCGGAGGUGAUGCAGCCGCUGUUGAGAGAUUUUGGGGUCAGACGGGCGAGAGGGUAG